CGUGCCUCUGCAGUGGCUCAUUCUUUCCUGCACCGGCUACAGACACACACCGCCCCCCCUCCACCCCUCCUCUGGCCACUCAUCCCAGCAUGCGGCACCUAUUCAGGGGUAAGACCGACAGUCUCUUCCCCAGACUGAAAGUGGAGGGCUGCAGCUGCUGCUGAAUGAAUGCAGCGUUUUCUGCGUCUACAACCACGGUGAGUGAGAAAGAGUAUCAGCGAGACACUGCCGGCAACUGAGAGCCACUGAUCUGAAGAUCAAGCAACGAAUCAGGUGCUGCCUCCGUAUUUCUUGCUCUCUAGUUCCCUCUUCCUCCCUUAUCAGGACACACUGCAAAGGAGGAUCAAGGACAGGGAGAUACUCCGCAAGACUUCCCCAGCUGAAAGUCUUGUCUUUCUGUUUUGAUUUCCUGCCGGGUCCUGUGUGGCCCCUCCCACCCAAAACGUACUGAACAGCGGAGAACUCAACCAGGGACAGACAGGCACAAGUGGGCAGACAGACUGACAUGGAGUUGCAAAAUAAACGAUCAUUUUUGCACAGGUGUGCGCGGUCUGGUGAUUUAGUCCAUGCCGGUCUGGUCAUCACACUUCUGAUUGGAGUGUGGUACGCUCAGGCAUUGGAGGUGAAUACUGGGAAGGUCCAUUUCAUAGAAGUGAUGAAUGGAAGUUCAGUACUCUUACCCUGCACUUAUGCCAGCUGCAUUGGCAUUCAAAACCUUUACUUCAACUGGCAGUUCAAGGACAAUGGGACAUUGGUUAAGCUCUGUGAGGCCAUAAUCCCAGCAGAAGGAAUAGAACCCAAUGUGAAAAUCCAUCAUGAGCGGGUGGAGUUUGUUGGCUCCAGCAAACAGAGUAACAUCUCCAUCUUACUGCAUAACGUCACCUUUGAGGACCAAGGACAGUACAUCUGCUUCGCCCGCAACCCCAAGGAGAAGGACCGCAAUCAUAGUGCAGUUUUCACUCUUUAUGUGGUGGACGAAUUGAAAGAGGUGGACAACACAUUAACCAUCAUCAUUGUGUCCGUGCUUGGAGGGGUCAUAGGUCUGAUCAUUCUCAUCAUGGUGGUGAAAGCUGUAGUCCUCGCCAUUCUAAACAAGGUCCAGGAGAAGAAUAAAGAGUGCCUUGUGAGCUCUUCAGGGAAUGACAAUACAGAAAAUGGUCUCCCGGGAUCCAAAGCAGACAGCAAACCGACACCAAAAGCAUGAAAAGAGCAUGUGUGUGUAUAUAUAUGAGCAUAUGUAUACAGUACAUGCAUAACAGAAUCAUUAACAGAAUGAAAGAAAGUCAUAAUAAUGGACAGUUUUAUUCUCUUUAUCUCAUGAGAAAAAAAAUGCUAUGUGGAAAUAUAUAUUUUAGAUUGUGCUUAAUGAAAAAUACAAAGUGCUGCAGGCUGGAUCACACACACUGGACUGAAGCGGCAUACAAAUAUUCAGAUAGCAGAUGAUAGGAGAUGCUUCGGUGUGCUUGCAUUUUGUUCUUGUCUGUGAGACACAGCACACACACACACUGCCUUCUUCACGAACUGCCAUAUCCUCAACAGCACAAGACCCACAUAACGAAACACAUCUUCAAACUGCAUUCCAAAAUAUCCUGAGGUGGAAUCUCAGUAGCAAAACUAACUCAGAAACACCUUUCUGGGAAAAUAUUAAAUAAUUUACAUAUACACACCAUGGGUGCCUCUUUAAAUUGGAAUAUGUUUACCACCAAUUCAAGCAGCUAACUGAGUCUGAUUAUUAACCACUCCCACUAAUUUUACAAGGGAUAUUGAGGUCAUAAAGAGCAGGAUGCAGAUGCACUUGAAGGCCAGAAUCACACUUGAUGCAAUAGCACCUCUUGUGGCAAUGCUGAUAAUACAACACAAACCUGCAGUACAUUAUGGACGACACAUUUCAAGUUUGAAAAUUAGGUUGUGUAGAGUAUUUUUCAUGCCUAAAAGCUGUCUAAAAAAAAAAAAAAAUUACAAAUUAAAAAUUACAAAAAAAUAAAAAUCAGAUAAGGGGUGUAUAUCCAGCAUCCAGCCCAGCAUGGUUUAUUAUAUUUAUUUACUAUUCAGAUAUUUUUUUCUGCUUUAGAUAAAACACAGGUGCCUGUAAACGCUUCAAGCUCCACAAUAAAUAAAUACAUUAAAAUCCCUAGAAAAUAAACACAUUAAAAUAUAAAGACAAUCCCCAGAAACCAACUCCCUGUAGAAAAUGAAUGAUCUUUUGAUGCUGCUUUCAACAAAAUAACCAAUAACUUUUCCUAAUGCAUGUGAACGAUUUUAUACAGUACAUCUAGUGUACUAUGUAUCAAUUUCUCCGAAUUGUAUUCUCCUGUCUAUUCUCACAUGACUGAUCAAUCUGUGCUCAUUGUAAACAAUGUUAUCCUCACUAGUUCAUCUUGUACGUAUCCGACAUACAGGCAUGAAGGGCCACUGUAGUUAACUGGUAAAGCUUAUCAUGACAUCCACACUUCACAGGACACAAUACGGCCAUUGUUGCUAACUGCUAAUUUUGAAUUUUGGCAUCUGAACUAGCGAGCCAGCAACUUACAGUAUGUGCCCUAAACUUCACCAAUCCUCACAGAUGCUAUGCUAAUACUUCUGUUUUCAUAUCAUUGUAGAAAUACACAAGUCUUCUGUGAUAAAAUAUAAUGAAUUGUGAUACCUCACAUGCCUCUCAAUGGCUAAUUACAGUUCACAUGUAACUAGCAUUAGCAUAAACCUCUCAAAUCUUCUCAUAGAUGAUCUUGAUACGAAUUCAAGAAAAAUCACGAAUGGCAGAAAAUACCUGUGGGGUUUGUUAAAUGUUCUGGAACUAGAACUAUCUGGUUUAAGUAUAAAUGCAUUGAAAAAUUCAUAACAUGCGAUGAAUGUCACUUUGCGAUUAUGCCGCAAAAAAAAUACAAAUAAAUUAAUUAAUAAAAAAAAUGCAAUGAAACCCUCGCUAGUCUUCCGCCAUAACCCAAAUAUGAAUGUACCAGUGGUUGUAGUUAUGGCAGAGUUCAGAAGGGUCAUUUCUGGGCACUUUAUACAUAAAGAGAUACGUGACAGUGUUUUGAAUGCUCAUUGUAUAUGUAAAGAAAAGUAUGAACGAUGUAGAAUUUAUGGCAGGAUAUUUGAAUAUGUAGUUGAACAGCUGCAGUGGUGAUAUUAAGAAUAGAGGAACAGGAAUCAUCUGUCUCUUUGAAUGGCUAGAUCUCUUAUAUGUGCACAUAUUAGCAGUCUUCCAAAUCACUUGACUCUCUUUUAGAAAUCAGGGGCUUUGGCAAUCUCAACUGUUUGGGAUGCUUUUGACAGAGCAGUGCGAAAUCCUUAUUAUUGAAGACUUUAAUUCCUUUAAACCGCGCCCAUAGACGUGUGUUAAAAUCAGCCGUGCUUUGGAGAAAGGGUUUGGUGCCGCUCUGUCUGUCAGAUGCACUGUACAGUAAUGUGGUUAGUGUUGAGUGUCCUCACUGUUUUCGAGCUGUUCACAUGGCCUCUUUGAUUCAUUUUUGGCAGAAUGUUUUAACAUGUUAUGCUUCUUACAGCUUGUUGCCUUUUGUCAUUUGCAGCUGGUGUAUUUAUGAUUAAACGGUCACAUAAACAAGGAGAUUACGUAGAUCAGCAAUACUGUAAUAAAAAAAAGAAAGGAAAAUGUAAAAAAAAAAAUAAUAAUAAUAAAAUACAUGACCGCCUAGGCUCUCGGGAAUGACCUGUUGUAUGCAAAUGGGCAACUUGAACUUUUAUUAGAGCUUCUUUUUUUAUUUUUAUUUUUUUGUUGUUGCUAUGUUUAGCUGUUGUGUUAAUCCAAUUCCUGUUCUUCUUAUUUUUUGUAACUUUUUUUUUUUUUUAAUUAUUAAUAUUUUUAAUCAGAUGUUUAAUGAUAAUGAAGUAGUGUGGUGGUUCUCAUCUGGUUUUGCUUUGCAUUGGACAUCAAGUGGCAUAAUAAAUAAAGCUUGUCGUACAAAAGUAAACCAUAAUGUCUUCAAAAUCAAGCAUUGGAAUUUCUUAAACUGGAAACUCCAAAUAUAGUAUUUAAUGUAGUUCUGUUCAUGGUUUUGGAGGUCAUAUAACCUGUCCAUGAUGGAGUCUGUCUAAUUUGACUUGCUUCUACCAAGUGGCAGGUAAAGAUUUGCCGAAAUACCAAAGAAUUCUUUGCAUGAUUAUUUGCCUAUUUUGCUAGAAUAAUGCAUUUAGCAGUAUUUUUCAUUCCAUUUGUGCUGUAAAAACUGACCUCCAAUCAAUUUUUGGUUGGCAGCCAGUUGAGAACUACUGGUAUAACGUGUACCUCUAGACACAUAGAUAUCUUGGUCUGGUUGCUUAUGUCUGCUGGAAUGCUUGGCUCAGAUCAACCAACUCUGGGCUUGUUAGUAAUGUCUGGAAAGGAGAGCAGCUGCGCUGAAACAAGACUGCAUAGCUGCAGUGUUGCAGUGCAAACCGCAUCCUAAGAGUGCAGCACUGAGCCAUGCAUCUGCACACGUCAGGCUGUGUUUCUCUCUGGAUCUGAAGGGUUAUAGCAGGGAAACUAAACAAAUAGGCCAACAUACAUUCAGCGUACUUCAAUGCAUGUCACAUGUUACAGCUACUAAUUUAUGGUAAAUAUGUACAGCUGCAUUUUCAGGCAGGCUGCUUGAUCUUGAUAUAAACAAAAUAUGAGAUAUGGAAUAUAAAAUGUCCUUUAUAUGCACAAUUGUUCAUCUUUAUUUUGCAGUGGGAAUUUGUUCUACUGUACUUACGUGGGCUGUCCAAAAACACCCUGCACUCUUUUAAAAUGAUUGUGCUAUAUUCAUUGGAGAGUUUGUCUCACUCCAAUCUGAUCCCAUUCAGGUAAAGAUUGACCUUUUGUAAAGUAGAGUUACAAAAUAAUAGAUAUCAAAAAACUGGAUUUCACUGCCUGGGUGACUCACUCUCACUGCCAAGCCAAGAGAGUGUGAAGACUGCAAUGUGCUCCAACACAUUCCAAGACACACUGUCUCCCUCUAGUGGAUUUAAGACUUCCAACCUUUUUAAAUGAUCAAGAUUUCCAUAAGCACUGGCUAUGUUUGGAAAGGCAAAUUAGUAUACUGCUUACUGCAUACUGCGCAGUAUACAUUGAAUACUAUCUGUAUUUUAAAAAUAGUUUUAGAUUUAAUAAUUGGAAAUCCAGUAAAAACAGAUAUUAAACAGAUAUAUAUUUAAUUGUGUAAAAGCUAACAGAAAUAAUUCUAGGAAAAUAAAUCAGACUGUAAAUGGAAAGUUUUUGUCAUUUUUAUUGUUUGUAGGAGAUGUUGUUUUAAAUAAUUGCAUUUAGCUUUCAUUUAUUAUUUUUUAUUUAUAUUUGAUUUGUUCAAUUUGAGUAACUUUAGUACUUCAGCUUUAAUUUAAUCCAGUUAGCUGCUAAAGCAACAUUAUUCAUUUUUACAUUUUUAAUAGUAAUAAAACAAAAUUAUUGUUAAUUUUUAACAAUAACUACACAUGCUGUAUAUUGAACAUGUGAGCAAAUGUUAAAUGAAGCAGGGAUUCCAUACAUGUUGAAAAUCACAUAUUGCAUACUGCAAAAAUAAUACUAGUGUUAUACAAGCAUGCUAAUCCAAACCUAGCCAUUGUAUAAGGACACAUGUAGAGCUUUUACGGGAGUGCACGAGUGUUCUUUGUGCACCACAUAGUCUAGACAAAUUUAAGAUAUUUUAUUCCUAUACGUAAACCAAGACAACAGCCUAAAUAUACAACUAUCAAAGCUUCUUAAACACAAGCCCUGCUGUACCACCCAUCAGUGCACCCAGGAGAACAGUCCUUUCAUUUGAACUCCC